CCCGCCCACCUAACCACCAACCGCUCCCGUAUAAUACUUUCCCGUAGACCAUUCAUCCCUUCUCUGGUUCACAUUCACUAUUUGCUCCGUGUGUCGAGCCUGUCUAGGCUGUCCAGGCUCUCCAGGCUGUCCAGGCUCUCCAGGCUGUCCAGGCCUAGUGUCUCCUCGCCCCUGCAACUGGAGCCGAUACCUCGAGCCAAGACCUUGAUAAUUCCCCACGGCUACUUCCCAGAGUCGACUAGCCUAAUCGCAUCCAUUUUGCAGCCCGCCAGCACCACCAUUUGAUAGGAACCACCCGAUACGACCACCACCACCACCACCACGCAACCUCCAUACCACGCUACCGUUCUACACCACCACCACCACCACCACCACUACCACUACGACCGUCUCCCUCCUAACAUCACUCUAGCAGACUCCUACACCACUCUCUCCCUCACCUGAACCCCAUCAACAUCAUCACCAUCCACAUCCAUCCAUCUCCAGAGUCAUGGCUGUCUCCUGCUGAACCGCCUCCCCACGAGCCUGAAAUUAUACAAGGCCUGACCGGUCCCCCCCAACAUGUCGAAAACCACCAUCAAUCUGCACCUCAAUAAUGGAUUCAUCAACAACCUCGAAGAUCGCCAACAGUGCGCCCUCGAGUCCGGGGCUCUUUUCGCCCUCAACGCUGCCUCAGCGCAUUCCUUUACCGCCCUCGGAUGGCACCCCUCACUCCAGUCCCUACCUUCACCCACUCCAAAUGCAUAAAGUGCGAGAGUGAGUACCCCUCGAUCCUUCUCCACCGUGUACGGUAGGCAGCUGGGUCGACGCCAUUUCAGCAGCAUGGUCAUAGACGGUGUCUAGAUUCAUGAUGCAUCGUCGGCUCUCUUCAGCUCCCAUCCCACUUUUUCUCUCCCCAGCACCGUGAUGGCGUCAUGAUGGAAACUAACGCAUCUUUGGCAGAACACACAAGGCGAUGGUCGAGCAAGACUUCCUCACCGGCCGAAAGCUGAUCAAUCAAUAUGAAGUCAUCGAGGAAAUUGGCAGAGGAGUGCAUGGAAAGGUGAAAUUGGCCCGCAGUCUCGAAACGUCCGACUAUGUCGCCAUUAAAAUCAUACAACGCUUCUCCAAGAAACGACGAUUGGGCAAGGUCACGGUGUCACCAGAGACCAAAACGAAGAGAGAGAUUGCCAUCCUCAAGAAGAUUCGACACCCACACGUGGUUGGCUUGCUGGAGGUGAUUGACGAUGCGGAUGCAAAGAAGAUUUACAUGAUUCUGGAACAUGUCGAGCUGGGAGAGAUUACAUGGCGCAAGAAGGGCUCACCACGAGUAUGCGCCUACGAACGACGCCGAAUUGAGGGAGAACGACGUGGAGAGGAGGCUACCGAGGACGAUGAAAUAUUCUUUGGCAUGAUCGAACGGCGCCGACUACGCAAGGAGGCCAAACGAGAGAAGACGGCACAAAACCACGCAGGCCGUACGGAUUUCUGGAGUUUGGAACAUGGAAAUGACGACGAGGAUGGCGAGAGUUUGGCUUUGUCCCGCCAAAAUACUCGCAACUCAUCGCAGAGUCUAUCCCACUAUCGACCCACCACCGUCUCUGCUCCCGUUUCCCAUCCGUCUUCUCGGGCCCCUUCAAAUGCACCUUCUCGCAUCAGUUCUCGAGCUCAUACGCCGCUUCCAAUCGAGUACGACAUCCCCGCAAUUGAUAGCGACAAUGAGGAAGAGCCGGUGGGACCACUACCAUCCUUGCCGUCACACCAGUCCUUACCCUCACAGCACAGCGCGAGCGUGGCAGGCUUGGAAGGAUCGUAUUACGGAUCUUGUCCAGAGGAACCUGCAUACCGGGGUAGAUCACCAAGCAUGGCGGAUAGUGUCAUCUCUCACAUGUCCUCGGUUGACGAUGGUCCCCACGACGCCUUUGAAGAAGAUUAUUCCUACGUUCCGUGCUUUACCAUCGAGCAGGCCCGCUCAGCAUUCCGUGAUACCGUGUUGGGACUGGAGUAUUUACACUACGAAGGCAUUGUCCACCGUGAUAUCAAACCCGCCAAUCUUCUAUGGACCAAGGAUCAUCGGGUAAAGAUAUCGGAUUUCGGUGUUUCCUACUUUGGGAGACCCAUUAGAGAAGGUGAGACGGAGGAGAAUGUUUCUGAAGCAGAUGCGGCGGAUUUUGACGACGACCUCGAGUUGGCCAAAACCGUUGGUACACCCGCGUUCUUUGCCCCGGAGCUGUGCUACACCGACCUAGAUAUUGAACAACCGAAGAUCACGGAGCAAAUCGAUGUUUGGUCUCUGGGUGUGACCUUGUAUUGUCUCAUCUUCGCUCGUAUCCCCUUUCUCGCUGAUGAUGAGUACAAACUGUUUCGCUCCAUCGCAAAAGAUGAUGUUUAUAUCCCAAAGCGGCGCCUAAAGGCAGUAAAUCCCUCGUUAUCGACAUCGACAUCCACCACCAGUCUUGGCAAGCGAGUUGCUCAACCUUCUUUGGGUCCUUAUCGCGAAGAAGGGGAACUCGCCUACGAGAACAUUGAUGAUGAAUUGCUUGAUCUACUUCGCCGAAUGUUGGUCAAAGAUCCAGCAGAACGGGUGAAGCUAAGAGAGGUCAAACGCCAUCCAUGGGUGAUCAAAGGUAUUGAUAACAUCAUCGGUUGGCUCGAUGACACGGACCCAUCACGAAAGACGGCCGGUAGAAGAAUCGAGGUGGACGAUCGUGAAUUGGAGCGUGCUGUGGUGCCACUGAACUUUCUAGAGCGAGCUCGAUCAGCACUCAAAAAGACCGUCAACAAGGUGAUUGGUGCUACGCGAAGUGAGACGAGAGGCGGCGAGGGUUCACGAAAGAGGGCAAUUAGUAGUGCCACAAGCUCAGGAACGGAUAAUCUGCAUACACCUACGACCCCAGGUAGUCGGGAUGGCAGACGAGCCAGCCUUCGAGGAGACGAGUCCUAUUUUCUGUCCAAUCACGAUAUCCACGAUCACAGAGAACAAUAUGCCCAUGCUGGACAUCCUCUCUCGCAAAGCUUGACGGCCAGUCCGGACUAUUUGGGAAAUGUGGACCCCCUCUCCCGCGACUCGCAACAUUCUUCUUCGGUAGGAGCCACUCCCAAACAGGGACCAUCCGGUCCAUCCUCAGAUUUUGAUACGAGACCAGGUCCGCCAGAUCGGGAAAACUCGACGUCGGCGUCGAUGCAAACGGUCACUCAAAGAGGACAUGCUUAUUCGAAAUCUGUAAACAACGCUGGUAUGUCUAGUAUGCAUUGCGAUGGAGCCAAUACCCCUGGGCCUUUUACCGAUCCUCUUGGAUCACUCUUCGGCCAUCUAUGGCACAAUCGAGGUAGAGAACAGCUUGCUGAAAUUGAAGAAGGGACUGCUUCCCGUGCUAGAUCUGUCGAUCGCAGCUUGUUUGAGUCCGACAACAAACAUUCAGAGCCAAGCUUGGCCCUCAGCGAUGCCGUUGCACCAGGAAGGUUUGAACAUGGCAACAUCAAAACAUACCCAUUCGGUUUUUCCAAGUCCGAACAGGCAAGCCCAGCGCAUCCCAACUACGACAAACCUUUGCCAUCUCUGCCGUUACCCUUGUUUUUCGAACCACGGAGCGUUCAUGACCACCAGGCUACGCAAACAACCCAGUCUGCAUCGACUCCAAGCUUUCCACGUACGAUGGAUGCAGCAUCGAAUCUGGAUCAACGACCUGCCACCGCCCACAAAGUACCAGCCGAUGGCAGUAUGUGCACCCCACCCCCUCGCACAUAUGGUGCAAGUACACCAGAGUCGUUCCAAAGAGCAGUAGAAAUACAACAUCGGAAACAAAGAUUGGAGCAGGAAGCUCUGGAAUCUCAAAAACAGGUUGCUGCCGCUGCUGCCAUCAAACGAUUGGAACUUAAACCAUUUUGUCCUCCGUCGCCUUGUCCCCCGUCGCCGGACGACGAGAUGAUGGGGCGAAUGCAGGAGGAUGCUGAUAAGCGAGCGCAGUCCUAUAGCUCGGUGAACUCGACCAGCGUAGCUUCGCCAUCAGAUGUCACAUCACCAGUUUCUUCGGUAAAUCUUGGGUCACAGGAAAAGGUUUUCCCUUCCGUACCUUCACUGCCAGCUCUCAUCUCUGGCGGCUCUUCGGUUUCUGCGGAUACGGAGGGCGAAUUUUUGCAACACCCUGGUGUCACUUAUUACGAAAAUCCUGGAUUUACCGCUGAUAGUACCCCCGACACUCUCACCCCACCUUCUUCCAUUUCAAAACAUUCGACUAGAGAUUCCGAAGUUGUAACAACAACAUAUGCAGCUGAUGAUACAAUCUGUUUGAGUCCGGAUCUCGAGGAUGAUGGUUGUGCUGGGGAUGGCGAUGGAUCAUAUGCCGACGACGAUUCCGAUAGUGAUGAGGGUCUGACUAUGACGACACGAAAGAAAUCCAAGACUCCUGCGAUGGGAACUUUGGCGAGACGUGGCACGGACAAUAGUGCUGGUAGUACUGAGACGGCAAAGAAGGUGGUCAUGGAGAGCUGA